AGUGUUUCUCUAAAUAAGGUAACAUCAACGCAGGCUACUGUUAAAUAAAGGGAAGCAUUGAAAAAAGAUAUCAACAUAUGGGAUGACAUCUAUGGGUAAAGUAAAAGGAGUUCAUCAAAAUGGAAACACAGUGAGAAGAACUGUCUAUUAUGGCAAGCCCAGAGCUGGCAACACAGAGCGGAGGCUACGAUGUGGAGCUAUUUGUGGACCCUCCAGACUAUGAGCUGAUCUGCUCUAUAUGCCAGGGGGUCCUCAGGUGCCCAGUUAGAACUGCCUGCCACCACAUCUUCUGCAAGAAAUGCAUCUUACAGUGGCUGAAAAGACAGGAGACCUGCCCCUGCUGCAGGAAGCCUGUCAACCACAAUCUGAUCUUCAUCAUAUUUAAGCUGAAGAAAUCUAUUGGACGCCUAAAAAUAAAGUGUAAGAAUGAGAUCUGUGGUUGCACAGACACCUUCCCCCUCUCAGAGCAGUUCAGCCACAGUCUGUGCUGUCAGUUUGAGCUCAUCCAGUGUCCAAAUCAGGGCUGCAGGGCCCAACUUCUACGCAGAGACCUGGACACCCACACCCGUCUCUGUGAGCACUGGCGUCAGCCCUGCCGCAUGGGCUGUGGGACGAUACUAUCCCACAGCACAGAGGCUCAGCACAACUGCUAUCAGCAGCUAAAGCAGGAGUACGAAGCCAGACAGAGGAACCACAGGGCCAUUGCCACUGCUUUGCAGAGGAAGAUGAAGAGGAUGCAGAGCACGAUGGCACACGUGAAGAGGCAGAUUGGGCUGAUCUGUGAGAGUCUGGACGUGAUAGACGGUCUGCAAGAGGCAGAAGAGAGCAGUGGUUGCUCGAGUGGAUCUUCAAGUGUUGUGUUGUGACUAUAAAUAAUUUAAAGGAGUGGAUUUGUUAUAGGUUUUUGUUGUACUUAAUCACAAUUUAUAUUAUAUACAAUAAAAUUAAGUUUUCAUUGCUAUACUGCCAUCUUCUAACCAUCUAACUUUGGAAAAAUAAUAGUACAAUUAUAAU